ACAUACGAUAAUGUUUUAUUCCUACCUGGCAACGCAGAGUAGGAAGUACUUUACUGUAUGUUGUGGUUUGAAAUAUAAUACAGAUAGAAGCAGCUGUGCGACUGCGAACAGAUUAUAUUUUGGCUGUACCAAUAUGCAGAUUGAGUUUGAGAUCCAGCACACUUGGGAUAGCAAUCCUGUCAAUCAUGAGCCCAUCAGGAUGCUCUUCUCUCCUGGUGUUAAUGGGGUGAACAUGAAGGUGUUUGCUCCCUUUUUUAAUGACCCAGAAGCUCCAUCAGGACCAUCCGGCCAGCCCUUCCCUGGGCUCUGGGAUUACGAAGUUGUGGAGUCCUUCUUUCUUGACAGCACAACAGAAAACUACCUAGAGGUGGAGGUUUGUCCACACGGUCAACACUUAAUAUUACUCUUGUCAGGAGCCGGCCAGGCCUUCCAGCAACAACUGCCCAUGGUUUUCAAUGCUACAAUAACAGCAGACAGAUGGAUGGGAGAGGCUUUGCUCCCAUGGAUGUACUUUCCUCCGAAUGUGAACAAGAUGAAUUCUUACGCCAUUCAUGGCUCAGGGGAGAAGCGCACGUAUGAAGCACUCUACCCCAUCCCAAAAGAGGAGAUAGUUGAGGGCCAACAGCCAAAUUUCCACCUGCUGAAACAUUUUGGAAAUUUCCGCCUGCAAAGCAUUAUGGGAGAAGGUUGGCUCCAGCCUGAGUCUGAUCUUUGGAAGUGGAAACCCUGAGGUAUAAAAAAAAACAUGUUUUCUGCUUGUUUCUACUGAUAUGUACAUUAGUAGACACUAUUGUACAUGUGAAUGUAUUGAUGACAUUGCUCAUUUUUUCUAAUAUGACAGUGAUAUUUUUAAAGGCCAAUCAUAAGAGCAGCUAUUUCCAAUGUAAACAACUGGCGUUUGUAUUUUCAUGAUGUUUAUUGCUAACGUUUUAAACAUGAGGGAAUAUAUGAACGAAUGAUUGAUUACUGUUUAGCGCUGUCAAGACUUUUUUUCUCCUUCUGAGAUGCCAAAAUGGAAAGCUGUGGGGGGAAAAAAAUCAAGAAUUACCCAAUCAACAAAUAUGUAAUUCUAAUUUCUAAAGUCCAGUAUGGUUGGUUGGAUUGUACCAACUACAGGUUAUCCAUCUUUUUUACCAUCUUUACUAAAAUAUACACUUCUAAAAUAAACAAAACACACAACUAUAACUUUUGAUUGUCUAUCAAUUGUAUAAGCUGCUGAACAAGUAUUGCACCUUGUGUGGCUACAAUCGUUCAUGCAAGGAAUUGUUCCACUCCAGCAUGAAGCAUAUUGAUCAGCUACAGUAUGUUGCAUGAAUAUUACACUAUGUCAACAUGACUAUAGUUUGUUUAUCAUAAUUUGUUAGGAAAGGGGUAGGAUUCAAUAAGCUAUGCUUCUUCCUACUCCUUUCCAGACAUGUUGGAAUGUGAAACUGUAAACAUGUUCAAAAAAAUCACUAGGUUGUUAUAUAUUAUUCUAUUAUUUUCCUUUAUUAAUCAUUGUUGUUUUUGGUUGCUUUUCUCAGAUGUCCUAAAUAAAUAUCUACAAUAGAAAAUGUGUACCUGCUGUGAAGAUAUAGAAGCACGUUGCUCAACCUUGGUUAGUCUCCUCUGGAGGCGACUGGCCUUCUCUUGAAAUUCUGCUAGCUGUGUCUCAUACUGCAAACACACAUGAAAUAAUCAUGGAGACCUUAUAUUAACAAAUAGUUUUUUUUAGUAUGUGUAAACUAAACGCUGUAAAUUGAUGCUCAUCAAAUAGAACGCAUUCUGAGUAAGACUAAAAAUACUUUAUAUAAAUGCUCAUCAAAUUUUAUACCGUUUAUCUUGGGGUCACCAACUGGUGUCAACUGACUAAUGGAGAGACAAGGUACACCUGGAGUGGUCACCAUUUACACCUCACAUUCAUGUUGGUACCACGUUAUGGUACUUUUGUGUGUGUUCAUGUGUUGAAAGAAUAAAACAUUGUUUUUUUUAAUUCAACAUUUAAAAGUGCGUUGAUAAUGAUAACUGUUCUCUCCAGUUGUUAUAGUUGUCUUACACUUCUGAGUGUCAGGAAGUAGUAUUUGCCACUUCCGUACCUUCUCAAG